AUGGCUGGAACCGAGGUCCCAGUCAUGCUGUCAGUGGGCGAACUCCAGGAGUCCUAUGGUGUUCUCUUCGUCGCGAGCAAGGAUGGCAUUGUGGCCGUUACUAUUGCCGUAUUAUCCACGACCGGCUUCUCACUAGGACUAGUGUUGACUAUCAAGUUAAUAACUGAUAGAGCCUUCGCAUCACUGGCCAAUCCUCAAACAAGGGCGAUCGUGACGACAUCACAAGGGAUGAUCUUCUUCGCCGGCACCGUCACAUUUGGCGCUCUGUGCUUCUACCUCCGCCCGUCACAGAAUCCAGCGGUUAAGCCUCCAAAAGGAUUGUAUGAAGCUCUUGUUACCUAUAUCGUGGCGCGGGGGUUCCUGGCGACUGUCGUCCAACUAGGCUUCGUCCUCACCUUCGCCGCUAUGCCUUCAACGCCGGUCUGGAUGCCGUUCCACCUCGUCGCAAGCAAACUAUACGUCAACAGUCUUCUAACAAUGUCAGUCAAGGCCCAAGAUUCUGCCUUUUCUUCAUUUCCUAAUCUCCAACCUACCAGGCUCAACUCGCGCGAGAUCUAUCGCGGCCACGGCAUCAACGAAGAGGACCCCAUAAGCCGCUCGGACGACACGACAAGUUUCUCCGCCAGCCCUCCGCGGUUGAACUCGAACGUCCGGUUCGACUUCAUCGACACCAAGCCCGCGAUCAACGUCGACAUGCCGCCCUCAACGCCAGACAGCGAAACGAGCGAGUCGACGAGACGGAUGCCGACGACAACGUCGAUGUCGAUAUACGAUGAUGAGGAUGAGCCUCAUGAUUGGAACCACAAACGGGUUGGUGUCGCCCUUUAG